GCUGUGAUGUCAUAUAUUUGGACGUGGAAGUGUUUGCACCUUUUUACAAAUGAAAUAAAAUGAUUUAAGAGGGUGUAAACUAACUGACGGUUCCAUGAAGACUGUGUUUGUGACUGUCGGUACGACGAGGUUUGAUGAGCUCAUUUUCACCAUCACGUCCUCUGAAACGCUUCAGGUUUUAAAAGCUCGAGGAUAUGAACAUUUGGUUCUUCAGGUUGGAAGAGGAAGCCUUCCCAGCCAAGACGAUUGUCCCCAUUUCACACUGGAGACGUUUCGAUUCAAAAAUUCCAUAGCAGAAGACAUGAAGCGGGCUGACCUUGUCAUCAGCCAUGCAGGGGCAGGGAGUUGCUUGGAGGCUCUUGGUGCAGGCAAACCUCUGCUGGUUGUCGUCAAUGACAAGUUGAUGGACAACCACCAGCUGGAGCUCGCUAGACAGCUGCACGCAGAUUCCCACUUGCUGUACUGCACUUGUAGCACCCUCACAGAAAUGCUAAGGACGAUGGAUUUUUCUGUUCUUCAGCCCUUCCUGCCUGGAGAGCCAAGGAAUUUUGCAAACUUUUUAGACAAGGCCCUUGGGGUUAGGUGAAACCUUCCACUUGCACAGCACUUGUUGCUGUCAUACUGACCGGCGAUGAAUUUGAUGGCAUUUUGAUAUUGAAUGUGGUGGCACGCUGAAGCGACGUGAUUACACAGUAAAGAAUGAACACUUUUAAAAAUGUUCAAGCCUCUGUAUUUGUUUGUAGUAAACAGUAACUAUACGUGCC